AGACAAAGUUCACUUUCAGUUUCAUAACCGGGAUCAGUUCAGACUCCUGAAUCCUCAUUCCCUUCACUGCUCGACUCGCUGUGCAACUGUCAUUCCUGCCUGUCGCCCCUCAGCCCGACCCCAGAAUGUUUGCCGCUUUGGGUUCCGCUUUGGGUUCCGCUUUGGGUUCCGCAAUCAGCAAAGUGACAGGCUAUUUUAGCGGAAAUGCAGAAGCUGAUGGGAAGGUGAUUGAGAUGCCGGCUCUGGGGCGCUUCUUCAUGCUCGGGAUGCUGUAUGACUGCCGAGAUGAUAAAAUCAUCCCAGGUGUCACUUUGUGGGGCAAUGAAGCUUUGACCAAGAACUUGACAUCAAAAUGUCAGGAGAACACAACAUUUGAAAUCGUAGCAUCUGAUUCUCUCUCUGACAAAUUAUCAGCUAUGGAUAUCUCUGCAUCUCUGAAAGGCAGUUUCCUUGCUGGUCUAAUAAAUGUCAAUGGAUCAGCCACUUACCUGAAUGAUACCAAGAUCUCUAAACACCAAGCCAGGGUCACACUCAAAUACUCCAGAACAACAAAGUUUGAACAACUGAGUAUGGACCAUCUGGGUAUCAGGAAUGUGACCUACCAUGAUGUGUUUGAUAAGGGAACAGCUACUCAUGUUGUAACUGGGAUCUUAUAUGGAGCCAACGCUUUCUUUGUAUUUGAUCAUGAGGCCUCCCAUACAGAAAGCACUGAGGAUAUAGAAGGAAACCUACAGGCUGUAAUAAAGAAAUCUGUUUCUGUUGAAGGAGAAGCAGCUCUGAAAUUGGAAGCUAAAGAGAAGGAGCAUGUGGAUAAAUUCAACUGCAAAUUUUAUGGGGAUUUUGCUAUUGAGAGAAACCCAGUCAGUUAUGAAGAUGCCAUGAGAAUCUACUCCAGCCUGCCCAGUCUGUUAGGGGAAAAUGGAUGGAAGGCUGCGCCGGUGAGGGUCUGGCUGUAUCCGCUGAGAAAACUGAACAGUAAAGCUGCCGAGCUGGUCCAGGAGAUCAGUGAGAAUCUGGUUGUUAGGGCUGAAGGGAUCUUGCAGUACAUGCUGGAAGUGGACAUGCAGUGUCAUGAUCUGAUGAAAGAACUAUCUGCACAGAAAUUUCCCCCCAUCAAGAAAAAAAUCUCUGAGUUCAGAAAUCAGUGCCAGCAGUUCAGAACCACAUUCCAAAAGCAGCUGUUGAACAUUUUGCCUUUAAUUCGCAGUGGACAGUCAGCUGAAGAAGCCCUAGCAGAUAUCCUAACCAUGAUAGAUCAGUCUCCAUUUGCAGAGCGGUAUAUUGAAGAACAUCUGCAGAGGCAGCACUAUGAGAUAAAGGUUUUGAAUGAAUGUUUAAAAGAUAUGUCAGAAAUUGAUGUUUUGCCAUCUGCUGAGGAAUUACAGGUUCAAGUAAGGUUUAGUAAUAGAAAUCAAUAUGUAGUGUGCUGUAACUUUAAUUCAUUACAUGAAGAGGAUCCGUAUCUUACAGACCUUAAACACAGGCUGCAAAUCAAUCCAGUGCUAUCAGCAGGUGGUGUCUAUGAGAACAAGAAGGUUUCUCAGUGGUUCCAAGAUGAAGAUAUCUCCAUGAUAGCAAUGGACUAUUUAAGAACAUUUCAGGAAUUAGCCCAAGUCAACAGGGCAAGUGGGAAGACCAAGUUCCUUAUAUCAUCUGUCCUGGACAAGAACCACCCUGGUGUUUCCAUAUAUUUAUAUGAAGGUGGGAGCUUGUUGAGCAAAACAUUUGAGCCUCCAGUUAAACCUGGACUCCCAAGAAUUGUCAGUAAGUCCCAUGAUAGCAUUGAACUUAAUCUGAAUCCUGCUGAUUUUGGGAAGAAGUUCAUAGAAGGAUACAUUAUAGCCUACCGACAGCCUGGGGAGGAGAGCUGGUCUUCGUACGAAACAGAGGACAAGGAUCUGAAGGUAACAAUCAAGAGAUUAAAACCCAAUACAAAGUAUCAGUUCCAAUACUGUGUAGUGUCUAAAGCAGGGGUCAGUGUAGUCAGUGAUGUGACUAAAGAGGAGAGAACUCUUCCAACUAGCCCCCCUGAGAGAAUACAAGGAAUGCCUGGACCAACGUCUAUUAUUUUAAACUGGAAGGAACCUUCUAUAAGAGGAGUUGGAGUUACAGUAACGGAAUAUAAAAUUGAAUGGAAGCAAGAUUCACAGUUUGGGUCACAUGUCUGGUCAGAAUCAAGAACAGGGAAGAAAGUGGAGAAGUUAAUCAUUGAGAAUUUGAUUAUAAACACGUCCUACACAAUCCGUGUAUCAGCCAUAUGUGGUGACCAUGGGGUUAGUGCCCCAUCCAGUGAGAUUAAUAUUUCAACAUUAGAGCAUAGAUCCCUAGAUAUUAAAGAGAUUCUCCUUAAAAGUAGCCGUUUGCUAACCAGAAAUAAUCCUUCUGUGUAUCAGCUAAAAAAGAAGUCCUGUAAUGAAGGAUAUCGUAAGUACAUUUUAGGGAAGGAAAAAACGGGGAUGGAAACAAAGGUCAUAUUACUAGUGGGGGCUACAGGCUCAGGUAAGACAACGCUCAUCAAUGGAAUGGCCAACUACAUCCUGGGGGUCAACUGGGAAGACGACUUCAGAUUCAAACUUGUACAUGAGGUCACUAAUCGGUCUCAGGCUCACAGCCAGACGUCUGAAGUCACAGCCUAUGUCAUUCACCAUGAAACCGGACACAGAAUUCCUUAUUCCCUCACCCUGAUAGACACCCCAGGAUUUGGUGACACUCGGGGGAUAGAGCAGGAUAAAAAGCUCACACAGGAUAUUGAGGCAUUUUUUAAAAGUGACAAAGCCAUAGACAGGAUCGAUGCCGUGUGCUUUGUGGUUCAGUCCUCUUUGGGUCGUCUGACGCACACCCAGAAAUAUGUUUUUAACUCAGUGUUCUCUAUUUUUGGAAAAGAUAUUAAAGACAACAUCAUGGUUCUCAUCAACUUCUGCGAUGGAGGGAAGCCUCCAGUUCUAGAGGCAAUUCAGUCGGCUGAGAUUGGCUGCCCAAAUGACCAACAUGGAGACCCUGCUCACUAUAAGUUUAAUAACUCUGCCCUGUUUGCCAACAACCAGACAAGUAGUAUCGGGUUUGACAAGAUGUUCUGGGACAUGGGUGCAACAAGCUUGGGGACAUUUUUUAGUGCCCUGAGCAAAAUGGAAACCAAAAGUUUAAAACUGACCAAGGAGGUUCUUCAGGAACGGAAGCAGCUGGAGAACAACGUUCAGGCCCUGCAGAGGCAGAUUAAUGCCGGGCUUACUAAGUUAGAAGAAUUGAGAAAAACACAGUCAGUUUUGCAGCAGAACAAGGUUCUUAUGGAAGCAAAUAAAGACUUUCAAAUUGAGGUCGAGAUAACUGUUCCGGAGAAGGAAGACACAAAGGGAAACUUCAUUACAAACUGCCAGCAGUGCCACUUCACUUGCCAUGAUGAUUGUGCUUACGGUAAUGACCAGGAUAAAAUCAAAUGUUGUUGUAUGAGCGACGGAUACUGUACGGUGUGUCCAGGGAAAUGUGUCUGGAGCGUUCAUUUUAAUCAAAAAUACAAGUGGAAAUAUGUGACUAAAAAGGAGAAAAAAACCUACGGUAAGUUAAAGGCCAAGUACGAGAAAGCUGCUGGGGAAGCUCUGAGUGCAGAAUCUAUAUUACAGAAAGUUAAAGAAGAAUAUUAUGAAGUGCGGGAAGCAAUCAGGGAGCUCAUUGAUUAUUCCUCUAAGAGCCUGAAGCGUCUCCGAGAAAUUGCCCUAAAGCCAAACCCACUGACAACCCCGGAAUACAUUGAUCUGAUGAUACAGAGUGAGGAACAAGAAGCACAACCAGGGUUUCUAAACCGGAUCAAGUCCCUGGGCGAAGUGAGGAAACGGGCUGAGAUAAUGGAGAAGAUUGAAAAAGGGGAGGAGCUACUGCCAGAAGAGGUGGAGUCUCAGAGUUUAUAUGCUACAGCAAUACAAUAUGCAAAGCGCAAAGGAAAAGCAUUAAAAAACACAGUGUUAUCAUUUGUCAGUAACAAAAAAUAAUUUCACUCACGUGUCACAUUUAUCUCUUAUGCAUUUGUUUUGCCACCAGUUGUUUUCAAUGGUCUUUAAAUUCUUUCAUUUUAUUAAUCUUUGGGCUUUAAUCACUACAGUAAAGCGUUCGCUGCUUGCUGCAAGUUUGUGUAGGUGUUACUAUGGUAACUAAGCCUCGUUUUGGCACCAUUUCACACUUUGGAAGAUCGACACAUUGGAAAUUUUUGUAUGAAAUAAAUCACUUUUGACAGUU